CUCCUCUCUCAGUUCGACAGCACACGCGACCUCGUGCGGAUCGGUCGUCGUCCGUCUCUUUCCCUUUCUCUUUUCAACAUUAUCAUAUAAUUACUUCGGAAGUAUCGCUUAUCGCUUUUGUAUCUUAAAUGAUAUAGAUUAUUAAACUCGCGUGCGCCCUUAAAAUCGAAUAUUUUUUUCAUGACCGUUCAUGAAGGUGUGUGUUAAGAAUAUAUGUGUAUGUUAAAUCGUAAGAUUGAAAAAGUUUUCCUCAGUGAAAAGUUUAUCAGCUCGUAUUUCGAAUCAAUGUCAUUAAACAAUUACCAUUAGAGGCCGAGAAGACAUUUAUCUGAUUGUUCCGAUAGCUUCGUCGUCGUCGUCGUCGUCGUCGUCGUCGUCUUGAUCAAGGAUUUGCAAGAUGUGCUAAACAAAAAAGUGAAAAGAGCAGUUCUGAACGAUUAAGAAGCCAUGUAAAUCGAAGAAGAGGAAGCCAAAUUUGAUUAAAAAUUUUUCAUUCAAAAGUAUCAUUCAAAUCGUUCGAUGCCAAGUGAUUUUAAUCGAAGAUAUGUCAAAAUGAAUGAAAGGAUUUAAUUGCCGCGAUGAUUUUCUGACGAACGAAGACUUCACUUCAUCCCUUCCUUUAAAUCUCUUUAAAACCGAUCCUCUCUCAUUGGUCCAAUCAUUAAAAUUUCAUAUUAAUCCAAGCGAUAGAGGAUUCUCGAGAGUAUUUUCGUAACUUAAAAAAGAGAGAGAGAGAGAGAGAGAGAGAGAGAAACAAAAACAAAAAUUGAGAGAGAGAGAGAGAGAGAGAGAAAGAAAGAAAGAAAUCUUAUCGAUAUGGAAGAGGAUGAUACAGAGGAUAUGCCGGUAACUUUGACCAACAAAUUGAUAAAGAAAAAAACUAUGUCGACAACGAGAAAGAUAAUAAACGCGCAGGCAUAUACAUCAUCUAGAACAUUUUCCGGUGGUCAGAUCACUAUUCGUAGACAAGACUCGGCCGAUGAAUCCGACACGAUGGAAUAUGCUUCCGAGAACGAGGUCGAGAAUAUACCUAAGGACGAGGAAUGUCCUGAGCCACUUGUGAUCGAUGAGAAAGGCAAUAGGAUAUCCGGAACGGACAGACACUCCGUUGAUCUUCCUGAAGAAGCCGAGUCGCUUUUGAUGGGUCAUCAAAAGAGUAGUCAUCGUUUUUCAUCGACGACGAUCUGUGUUAACGAGGAGGACAUGACACAUAACACCAGUACUAGAUACUCCGGUAGUAGAUUGGGUCUUUUCAUGAGUAGACGAAGUCCUCAAUCCAGUUCAAGUCAGGAAGAUUAUGAGCCUGAAGUGAAAAGUUUGUCUAGAUUACAAAGACAGCAUCAUCAUCUGCAACAACAACAACAACAACAACAACAACAACAACAACAACAGCAACAACAUCUUUUAACAGCUGGUGGUAGUAGUGGCCAAGUGACAGCAAGAUCAAUGGAAAGCUUACGUUCCUCGAGAAACUUUCUCAGUGCCGACGAUCGUUAUAGCGACGAACGAAAGUCUUUAGAAUCUUUGUCCUCCUCAUCGGAAACCCAUUUGACAACUUCAAAAAGUCACUAUCGUAGUUUCUUAACGUCAUCGAGCAAGGACGUGCGUAGGAUUAUAACUCAGGUCGAGUCUAAAAGCAGCGAAAAUCUUCAUCGCGAGGAAAGCUUGAACGCCGAGGUCCGUCGUGGACUUUUUGCAAAUACAGGGCUCGAAAGAAAAUUACCUCAACAUUUAAGCCUUCCACCGCCGUCAAACGUUUUCUCAUUGACAAGUCCCGGUGGCAGCGAUCGAAAGAUCACUAUACUUAGUCCUCAUUCACCUAUUAACUCAACGGAAUUUCAAUUCUCCACGCAGACUUUGAAGAGCAGGAGGAAGAAGGCCAUCGUCUUGCCUAGGUUGGUGUUGCCCCGAAGCGAAUCCGAAGUUUUUUUAGAUUUCGACGUCGAAAAUGGAGCUUCGACGUUGGACGGUGGUGCCGGUGGCGGUGGAGGAGCCUCGCCAAGUGCAGGCUUGGUUCUCCAAACGCUACCACAAAGAAGGGAGAGUUUUCUUUAUCGGAGUGACAGCGAUUUUGAGAUGUCACCGAAGUCGAUGUCACGAAACAGUUCCAUUGCCAGUGAAAGGUUCAAAGAGACAGAGCUUCCUGUCGAGCGAGCGAUAUUUACCGAUCAGUACAGUCAUGGAGAGGAUCUCAUCGUUACGCCGUUCGCGCAGAUACUCGCUUCUCUUCGUGCGGUUCGGAACAAUUUCUUGUCGCUCACGAAUGUCCCGACCAACAAAUCACGAAGGAGUAGCGGGGCGCAGGGUAGCAGUACGCCACAGCCACGGAUCCUGGCACCCGGAGAGGAGCCCUACAUAAAACUUGCCGUGGAAACGAUGGAAGAAUUGGAUUGGUGUUUGGACCAGCUGGAAACUAUUCAGACUCAUCGGUCCGUGUCCGAUAUGGCCUCCCUUAAGUUCAAGAGAAUGCUGAACAAGGAACUCCUUCACUUCUCGGAAUCGUCCAAGUCCGGGAAUCAAAUAUCUGAAUAUAUCUGCAAUACUUUCCUAGACAAGCAGCAGGAACUCGAUUUGCCAUCUUUGCGGAUCGAAGAUGCGGUCGCAGCGGCCGGAAGCGUGGACGCUCGUGCCGCCAAGAAAAAGGACAGGGUACAGAGGGGCCCAGCUGCUAUGUCGCAUAUUAGUGGCGUUAAAAGGCCACUCACGCACACUAACAGCUUCACGGGAGAACGAGUACCCCUUCACGGAGUGGAAACACCACACGAGGAGGAACUCGGCAAGUUAUUGUCGGACAUCGACAAGUGGGGCAUCGACAUCUUCAGGAUAGGCGAGCUCAGUAAUAAUCGACCUCUCACCUGUGUCGCUUAUACGGCCUUCCAAAGCCGAGAUUUGUUGAAGUCGUUGGCAAUACCGCCGAAAACCUUCGUUACCUUCAUGAUGACCCUUGAGGAUCAUUACGUGAAGGAUAAUCCCUUCCAUAACAGUCUUCACGCCGCCGAUGUGACCCAAUCCACUCACACAUUACUCAACACACCCGCCCUCGAGUCUGUGUUUACGCCGUUGGAGAUCACAGCAGCUCUGUUUGCGGCCACGAUCCACGACGUGGAUCAUCCCGGGCUAACGAAUCAGUUCCUUAUCAAUUCGAGCUCCGAGCUCGCCCUGAUGUACAACGACGAGUCCGUAUUGGAGAAUCAUCACCUUGCGGUGGCGUUCAAGCUUCUGCAGAACGAAGGUUGCGAUAUAUUCGUGAACAUGACGAAAAAGCAACGGCAAACCUUAAGGAAAAUGGUGAUCGAUAUGGUCCUAUCAACGGACAUGUCGAAGCACAUGUCCCUAUUGGCAGAUCUGAAAACAAUGGUAGAAACGAAGAAAGUCGCUGGUUCUGGCGUAUUACUUCUAGACAAUUAUACGGAUCGCAUACAGGUGUUAGAGAAUCUCGUUCAUUGUGCGGACCUGUCGAAUCCAACGAAACCAUUACCACUUUAUCGACGAUGGGUGAGCCUAUUGAUGGAGGAGUUUUUCCUCCAGGGUGAUCGAGAGCGCGAACAGAACAUGGACAUAAGUCCUAUGUGCGAUAGGCACAGCGCUACGAUCGAGAAGUCGCAGGUCGGCUUUAUCGAUUAUAUUGUGCAUCCGCUUUGGGAAACCUGGGCAGAUUUGGUACAUCCUGACGCUCAAGAGAUUUUGGAUACGUUGGAAGAGAAUAGAGAUUGGUAUCAGUCGAUGAUACCACCAUCACCGCCGUCCGACGAUCAACAACAGCUACAGGCUGGAAAUGAUCAACAACAACAGCCCGAUAAAAAACAUUUUCAAAUGACAUUGGAAGAAGGUGAUGAGAGCGGAGAGACAUUAGAGGGUAACGACGGUGGUGGUGAUGGCGAUGGUGGCGGUGGCGGUGGCGGCGGUGGUGGCGGCGGUCAGACAACAACAUUUUCAAGCGAGGACGCGGGCGUUGAGAAUGAUGAAAACGGCGCGGAUGCUGGAAUGUGACGGAGGCUCGCCGGUAUCUGCAAGAAGCUCCACGAGAAGGUGCAGCAGACUUGGUGGCGCGUGCGUCAGUGACACGAGCACGAGCAGGAGAGCCGCGCUGGCUGCAGGUCGCGGUGUUGCUCUGCUGACGCAACGAUAAAAAGGAUCCAUCCUUUUGUCCUUGGUAUAUUCCUGAGCACGUCGAAGUUGCCUGGGUUAAUAAGUAAUAUCCUGGGCUUUAUUAUUGAUCGUUGUUUAACGAGCGAUGAAGAAGAUGCGCUUGCUUGGUUAAAGACUGCUAAUAUAAGUGCUGAAAUUUUUGGGCACUGACGGAAGAAAAGAAAAACAAAAAGAUGAGAGAAAAAAAACUGAGAAACUGAAUAGGAUCGUAGGAUAAAAGAAAGAAUUAAAACAAAAAACAAAAAAAAAAAAAAAAACAAAAAAAAAAAGACAGAAAAAAAAAAGGAAAAAAAAAAUACAAGAGAGAGGAAAAAAAUUACCAGCACUCCCUCCCUCCCCCUCGUUGCUCGCCCUGGUUCUCUUCUUGUCGUUGUCACCAAUAUCAGUAACAACAACAGCAGCAGCAGUAGCAGCAGCAGCAGCAGCAGCAGCAGCAGCAGCACCACCACAACCACCACUCAACCAACAUCACCGCCGUUUUCUGUCGUCGCUUAAAUAAAAACAUUAGAAAACGCGACGAUUUGACGGCUCGUUGUCGACGCAUCAUCCUUGAAAAGCGGAACGCUCUCUCUUUCUCUCUAUAUCUCUCUAUCUCUCACUCUCUCUCUCUCUCUCUCUCUCUCUCUCGUACGCGGAAGUGAAGAUCGUUCGUGACUUCUAUUUUCGGGCGGUACACUACAAAUGAAAAAAGAAGAAGAAGAAGAAGAAGAAGAAGAAGAAACACGAUCUUCAAUCAACUGGAUGGCGUGUUGGCGGCUGGUCCGAAACGCGUCGCGUCCGAAGAGAAACGAGAAAAGGAUUUGUCCUGGACGAGAGAUAAAUAACAAGUAUUGUCGCGCUUCAUGCGAAGAAUAUUCUGUCCUCGUCGUUGUCGUCAUCGUUCUCUCCUCAUCGUAACUCCAUUACCUGAUUUUUUACCUCUCUCUCUCUUUCUCUCUCUCUCUCUCUCUCUUUCUCUUUCUCUCUCUUUUUCUCAGACUCUCUAUCUCUAUCCCUUUCUAUCUCCUUUAUCCUUUCUCCUUUCGUUGUUUCCGUUAUUUUCUACGAUUGGUUUCGAUCGCACUGAAGAAAGACUAUUUUGGAAAUCAACGGUGCAUCUUUUGUCCUCUUUCAAUUAUCUCUUUUUAUUUCUUAUUCUCUCUCUCUCUCUCUCUCUCUCUCUCUCUCUCUCUCUCUCUCUCUCUCUCUCUCUCUCUAGCUCCUUCCCUCUAUCUGUCUAUCUAUCUAUCUAUCUAUCUAUCUAUCUAUCUAUCUAUCUAUCUAUCUAUCUAUAUGUCUAUCUAUCUCUGCCUCUAUUUCCUAUCUCAUUGAAGUUAAAGUAAUAAUAAACGGAGGGAUUGAAUCUCUUUCUUCACAAUGUACCUGCGCAAAUAUAGCGAGAUUCUGUUUUUCACGAUUGGUCGACAAUCGGUCGAUGCUCGAAAAAAAGAAGAAGAAGAAGAAGAAGAAGAAGAAGAAGAAGAAGAUGAAGAAGAAAAUGAAGAUAAAAAAAAGAAAUAGAAGAAGAAGAAGAAGAAGAAGAUAUAAUGAUUUAUGAGGAUAAAGAAAUGAGAAAAAGUUAAGAUGGGAGUUUAUACUUGCUACGUGCUACGCAUAAACGAAAGGCACUAAAACUUCGCUUGAGAAAAGACGAAGACAAAGAAUCGCACAGGAUCCUCAACGACAUAUCAAAACAUUGAACGGUACAAUAAUGGUGUAAGAUUUUAUUCCGAAGGAUUCGUAAUUGGAUUUCGUGGGCUCGAUUAAUAUCAUAUUCGUAUAUCUAUCUAUGUAAUAUAUAUAUAUAUGUAUAUAUAUACAUAUAUAUAUAUAUAUAUAUAUAUAUAUAUAUCUUUCUCUCUGUCUCAUACGAUUGAAACAAACGCAAAGCUUUUCCACAUAGAAUAUUGUUUAGAUGUGACCAUCGUCGAAAGAUUAAAUAGAUGCAAUCGUGUUGGAAUUCAAAGUACAAAAUAAAAGAAGGAAAAAGAAAGUAUGAAUGGAUGACGAAUGAGAAAAAAAAGAAGAAAAUAAAAGAAAAAAGAAUGGAAGGGAUCGCGCACGUGGACUAACAAUAAUCAAAAAGUGAUAUGAUAAAAAAUGGACCACCCUUGGGAAAAUCUUAGAACAAGAAUG